CCCAGUUAAGAUUCCAAACUCCAAAUCCAAACCUGUCCGAACUCUGAACCCCUUAUCGUCGUCUAUUAAGGAGCUUAAAGGGAAAAGAUUUGGACGAAAAAAUUAUUUUCUAUUUUUCAAUUAAUCCCUCAAGGAAGUUAGUUAACCAGCUAAGCAAUGUCUGUGAUAUUUAAUCAAUAGAAAAAAGUUUUUAACUCGUUAAAGUAUAUUGUCAAGUUGUCUAGUUGGAAAUGGGCUCCGAUUCGAUUUGUCCGGUUGAACUCGCAUUUGAGGUGGUAGUCUCUCCCCUUAUUUAAGACUGGCGUUAUGUGUUCCAAUGGCAUAGCUAUUUUAUUACAUAAUGGCUCAAAUUUUUUACACAGCUCUUCCUGUUGUAGGAGGUGAUCAGCAGCAGGCAGAAUUAGAUUUUCAUAACCUGUUUCAGCCGAUGAUUUCUCUUAAUUCCGAUGUUCAAGACAAUAGCAUUAUACUCGAUGAAGGUGAUGUAUUUCAAUGUGGAAAGUGUCGAAAUAAGUUUUCUUUUUCUGAUUUUGUUCUUCACAAAAAAAGCAACUGUCAAGGUAAUCUCGUCCUAACAAAUUCAGAAGAGUAUAACAUUGAUGAAGUGAGAGAAUUAAACGAAGAAAUAGAGUCUCCGAUAAUUCUUGAUGGAAGCAAUUUAAUCACACUUAUGCAGGACAAUGAAAAUGAUUCAGCAAAUUUGUGUCAAAACUAUCUGGAUAUUCAAAAUGAAAUUAAUGAAACAUCAAUCAAUUUGGAAUGCAAAUCUUACCGCAUUGUGAACGAUAUACCAAACAUCGAAGUGAAUAAUUUUUUACAGGACAGUUACAGUUUAAGGGACGAUAAAGUCAAUCAAUGUAUAUUACAGGAUAAUGGUGAGAUAGAUUAUUUCAGUGGUUCAUUCACAAGAAAAGAUAAGUGUGAUGUAAAUGAUACGAAAGUAUUUGAGACUUUAGUCAAACAAAAAGGGAACAGAAAUGUAGAGAAUAAAACAGACAACGUGUUGAAGUGCUCAUUUUGUGAUAAAGUAUUUCGUAAGAAUUUCAAUCUGCAACAACACAUCAGAAGUCAUACUGGAGAACGUCCAUUUUUAUGCGUAAUUUGCGGAAAAGCAUUUACACAGAAGUCUAAUGUUAUCAAACACAUGGGUACGCACAAAGUCUGGCCAAAAAAGAUUUGCAAUUUGCCUAAAUUUCACGUUCAUGUCAAUUCAACGGAAACGUCAGUUACUGCGUAUCAGGUUGCAGGUGAUAAGACUUUUAUUGCAUUUGAUAAGACGUUCUUUUGUCAGUAUUGCCCUAGUGCCUUUAGCAAUUAUAGCGACUGGAGGCUUCAUAUGAAAUCACAUGUCAAUGUCAAAGUGUAUAAAUGUAUUCAGAAUGCCUGUGAUUCAACAUUUUCUGAUUUGGACCAAUUUCUUGAACAUACUCAAACACAUUGGGGAAUGGCUCAGUAUACAUGUCAUAUUUGCCAAUUGGAAUUUCAUUCUCUUGACGAGCUCGGCCUCCAUCAAACUUCUCACACACUAGAAACAAAAAAGGCUGCCAAGAGUUUUUCAUGCCGAAAAUGUGGAUCUAAAUUUACAAAAGAAUCCACCUUUAGUGAACAUAAAUGUAAUGUCUAUUCGUGCCCAUUGUGCAACCGCACAUUCCACUCCGUACGGUUUUUGAGAAGACACUUAGCUCUGCAUAGUGCAACACCCUCGUAUCCAUGUCCUGAUUGUGAUAAAGCUUUUAAAACGCCUAAAUAUCUAUCAGCUCAUCGUCUCAUACACUCGUCUGAAAAACCGUAUAACUGCCAGAUUUGUUCGGCUGCUUUUAAUCGUAGGGACAAAUUAGUCAGGCACAGCUUGACACACACAAAUGAAAAGCAGUUUAAAUGUCCUUUCUUUAAUAAAGGAUGCACAAAAGAAUAUAAUAGAAAGGACAAACUUAAACAACACAUAACUCAUACUCAUAAUUCUAAUAAGCCAGUCUUCCAACAAUCAGCAGAGCACCCAAAAAUCUGAUUCAAGAAUAAACGUUGCCUCCCCCCAUAGCUCUAAUCCAAAUAAGUAAGUAAGUAAGUAUGAAA